AUGGCUGACGCUACUGCCCGUUCCUUGCAGUUUGAGUACAAAGCGAACUCUAAUCUUGUACUUCAAGCUGACUUGAGACUUCUUGAGAAACGGCGCAGAGAUGAGCCGACAGGUGAAGUUAUGUCCCUCAGUGGGAAACUUUUAGGUACAACUAUGGGUGACAAGGCUAAACGUGCUAAGCCUCCUUUGCCUGAAGAAAGACGCGCGAAAAAAAAGAAAGAGGACUCAAAAUAUGACAUAGAGAAAUUUAAAGGACAAACCUUAUUGUCUGAAGGCAUUGAGGACUUGGGUGGCAUCUUCUAUAAACCGAAAACACCGGCAACUAAAGUUACUUAUGAGGCCUUGCUUAGCUUCAUUCAGGCUGCUAUUGGAGACCAGCCUCGCGACAUAUUGUGUGGAGCUGCAGAUGAGGUACUAGCUACCCUGAAGUCGGAAGUAACCCGUGGGAAAGACAAAAAGAGGGAACUGGAGGGACUCUUAGGAAGCUUGGCAGAAGAAAGGUUUGCACUGCUUGUCAACUUGGGCAAGAAAAUCACAGAUUUCACCACAGAAAAAAACCAAAAACCAAUAGAUGAAGAUAUUGAUGAUACCCUUGGCAUAAAUGUCCAGUUUCAAGAAUCAGAUGAUGAGGAAGGAGAUUCUAUUUUUGUUGAAGUGAAGGAAGGCUCCGAGAGUGAAGAGGAGGAUGUUGAGGACACUCACGUUGAUGUCACCCUCAAAACAAGUUUAGGUGGUGGAGAUGACCUAUUGUCCAAGACUGAAAAGGGACUGCACCCAAGGGAUAUCGGUGCCUAUUGGCUGCAGAAAGAACUGAGCAAAUUUUACGACGACCCCAAUGUGUCGCAGCAACGAUCUAAUGAAGUCCUCUCAAUUUUACAGUCUGGUGUAAGUGAUGGCCAGUGUGAGAACCAGUUGGUAAUGUUGCUUGGGCAUGAGCAAUUUCACUUUAUCAAAAUUUUGCGGCAACAUCGUCUGAUGAUUCUUUAUUGCACACUUUUGGCCAAAGCUCAGAAUGAUUUGGAACGGACAAAAAUUGAGGAGAAAAUGAAAGUGACCCCUGAACUUGCCAUAAUUCUGGAGCGAUUGACAGAAACAGACCAGGAAGAUUUAGUGAGGGAAGAAAGAGCAAGGAAAAUGGCUGCCAGAAAAUCAAAGGUGGAUGCUGACAUAGAAGAAGCCAUGGAAACUGAUCAGGAAUCGACAAUGGUUCCUAAACAGGUAUUAGAAAUUGAUGAUCUGGUAUUUACCCAAGGAGGACACAUGAUGGCUAACAAGCGCUGCCACUUGCCCGACGGGUCCUUCAGGAAAGAACGCAAGGGCUACGAGGAGGUCCACGUACCAGCACUCAAACCAAAGCCAUUUGAAGAAAAUGAGUCUUUGGUUGCCAUUGAACGUCUACCAAAAUAUGCCCAGCCCGCGUUUGAGGGUUUUAAGAGUUUGAACCGAAUCCAGAGUCGACUCUACAAAACGGCCAUGGAGAGUGACGAGAAUAUUCUGUUGUGCGCCCCAACGGGAGCUGGUAAAACAAAUGUGGCCCUACUGACCAUUCUUCGAGAGAUUGGCAGAAACAUUAACAUGGAUGGUACCAUUAACGUAGAUGCCUUCAAGAUUAUCUACAUUGCACCAAUGAGAUCGCUUGUACAGGAGAUGGUUGGCAACUUCAAUAAGAGGCUCAGUACGUAUGGCAUUACCGUGUCCGAGUUGACAGGCGACCACCAACUGAGCAAGGAUCAGAUUCACGGCACACAAAUCAUUGUUUGCACACCAGAGAAGUGGGACAUUAUUACUCGGAAAGGAGGAGAGAAGACUUACACUCAACUAGUCCGCCUUAUCAUUAUUGAUGAGAUCCACCUGUUGCAUGAUGACCGAGGACCUGUAUUGGAAUCUGUUAUUGCAAGAACCAUCCGUAACAUUGAGACGUCACAAGAGGAGGUGCGAUUGGUUGGACUCAGCGCCACGCUACCAAACUAUCAAGAUGUGGCGACAUUCUUGCGUGUCAAACCCGACAAGGGGUUGUUCUUCUUUGACAACAGUUUCCGACCGGUGCCUCUUGAGCAGCAGUAUGUUGGUAUCACAGAAAAGAAAGCUCUGAAGCGUUUCCAGCUAAUGAAUGAAAUUGUUUACGAAAAAGUGAUGGAUCAUGCUGGCAAAAAUCAGGUUCUUGUGUUUGUACACUCGCGUAAAGAGACCGGUAAGACAGCCAGAGCCAUACGUGACAUGUGCUUAGAGCAUGACACGCUAGGUCAGUUCCUUCGUGAAGGUUCAGCCUCCACUGAGGUGUUGAGAGCUGAGAGUGACCACGCAGAGAAUCUUGAAUUAAAGGAUCUCCUUCCUUAUGGAUUUGCCAUCCAUCAUGCCGGGAUGAACAGGCUUGAUAGGUCCUUGGUUGAAGAUCUGUUUGCUGACAGGCACAUUCAGGUUCUGGUGUCGACAGCGACGCUUGCCUGGGGUGUCAACCUUCCAGCUCAUACUGUCAUUAUUAAAGGAACACAAGUGUACAGUCCUGAUAAAGGUCGCUGGGUUGAGCUUGGCCCGUUGGAUAUCCUUCAGAUGUUGGGUCGUGCAGGUCGGCCGCAGUACGACACCAAAGGAGAAGGAAUUUUGAUCACCAGCCAUGGGGAGUUACAAUACUACCUCUCGCUACUUAAUCAACAGCUGCCAGUAGAGAGCCAGUUUAUCUCUAAAUUAGCAGACAACCUAAACGCAGAGGUGGUGCUUGGCACAAUUCAGACGAUGCGUGACGCUGUUAAUUGGCUUGGCUACACCUAUCUGUACAUCCGUAUGAUGCGGUCACCAGCGCUGUAUGGGGUAGAUGGCGAUGACCAGGAGCGAGAUGAGUACUUGGAACAGCGACGUAUUGAUCUCAUCCAUACGGCUGCUUCUAUCCUCGACAAGAACAACCUUAUUAAAUACGACAAAAAGUCUGGCAAUUUUCAGGUUACUGAGCUUGGUCGUAUUGCUAGCCAUUACUAUUGUACCCAUGAAAGUAUGUCCACGUACAACAGCCUGCUGAAGCAAACGCUGAGUGAGAUAGAACUCUUUCGAGUGUUCUCCCUCUCAUCGGAGUUCCGUAACAUCACUGUCAGAGAGGAAGAGAAACUUGAGUUGAACAAACUUCUAGAGAGAGUGCCAAUACCUGUCAAAGAAAGCAUUGAGGAACCUAGUGCUAAGGUGAAUGUACUUCUUCAGGCAUAUAUUUCCCAGCUGAAGUUAGAUGGCUUUGCACUUGUGGCUGACAUGGUAUAUGUUACACAGUCGGCAGGCCGGUUGGUACGAGCUAUAUAUGAGAUUGUGCUACAUAGAGGCUGGGCCCAGCUGGCUGACAAGACACUAGCUCUUGCCAAGAUGGUUGACAAAAGAAUGUGGCAGUCAAUGAUUCCUCUCCGUCAAUUUAAAAAGAUUCCGGAUGAAGUUGUGAAAAAGAUUGAGAAGAAGAACUUCCCGUGGGAAAGAUUCUAUGAUCUCGGACCAAACGAAAUUGGGGAGCUGAUACGCAUGCCAAAGAUGAGCAAAACGAUCCACAAGUUUGUUCACCAGUUUCCAAAGCUUGACUUGUCCUCACACAUUCAGCCAAUUACGCGUUCCACUCUGCGUGUCGAGUUGACCAUCACGCCAGAUUUCCAGUGGGAUGACAAAGUGCACGGCAACUCGGAAGCAUUCUGGAUAUUUGUGGAAGAUGUUGAUAGUGAAAUCAUUCUUCAUCACGAAUACUUCCUACUGAAAAGUAAAUUCGCAAAAGAUGAGCACAUUAUCAAGUUCUUUGUACCAGUCUUUGAGCCGUUACCCCCGCAGUACUUCAUUCGAGUUGUAUCUGAUAGAUGGAUAGGCUCCGAGACCCAGCUUCCGGUGUCAUUCCGUCACCUGAUCCUACCGGAGAAGAACCCUCCUCCCACAGAGUUGUUGGAUCUGCAAGCCUUGCCGGUCUCGGCUUUGAGGAAUGCUUCAUUUGAGACCUUGUACUCUAGCAAGUUUAGUGUCUUCAAUCCAAUUCAAACCCAAGUGUUUAAUGCUGUGUACAAUGGUGAUGAAAAUGUGUUUGUUGGUGCUCCAACCGGUAGCGGAAAGACCAUCAUUGGAGAGUGCGCCAUCUUGAGGAUGUUGAUGCAGAACCCUGACAGCAGGUGUGUGUAUGUUACACCCAUGGAUGAGCUGGCAGAACAGGUCCACCAGGAAUGGCAUGCAAAGUUCCAGAUGUUGUUGGGAAAGAAAGUGGUUCUGCUGACAGGGGAGACCAGCACUGAUUUAAAGCUUCUUGCCAAGGGCAACAUAAUCAUCAGCACCCCAGAGAAAUGGGACGUGUUGUCCAGACGAUGGAAACAGAGGAAAAAUGUUCAGAAUGUGAACUUGUUUAUUGUUGACGAACUACAGUUAACUGGUGGCGAUAAUGGGCCUGUUCUUGAAGUUAUUUGCUCCAGAAUGCGUUAUAUCUCAUCUCAAAUAGAGCGUAACAUCCGAAUUGUUGCCCUCAGUUCAUCGCUUGCCAAUGCUAAAGACGUUGCUCAGUGGCUCGGCUGCAAUGCCAACAAUACUUUCAACUUUCACCCCAAUGUGCGACCCACACCUUUGGAACUACACAUACAGGGAUUCAACAUCACUCACACAGCAUCUCGGCUCAUCGCGAUGGUGAAACCGACAUACAAUGCUAUCAUCAAGCAUUCGCUGAAUAAACCGAUAAUCGUGUUUGUGCCAUCCCGCAAACAAACGCGUCUUACUGCAGUGGACCUGCUCACCUACGCUUCUGCUGAUGAUGCUGAAGAGAGUCGAUUCCUGCAUGUUCCAAAAGAAGAUCUCAGUGGCCACCUCAGUAAAGUAACUGAUGAAACGUUAAAAGAAAUGUUAGAAAAUGGUAUUGCCUACAUCCACGAGGGCUUAACUGAGAUGGAGAAGAAGGUUGUUGAACAGCUGUUCACAGCCGGUGCCAUUCAGCUCGUUGUUGCUGCAAGGAACAUGGCCUGGGGAAUGACUAUGUCUGCUCAUCUAGUCGUUGUAAUGGACACACAAUACUACAAUGGAAAAAUUCAUGCUUAUGUGGAUUAUCCAAUAACCGAUGUUCUACAAAUGGUAGGCCGGGCUAACAGACCAGAUGUGGAAAACGAAAUUGGAAAAUGUGUGAUCUUAUGUCAGGGAUCAAAGAAGGACUUCUACAAGAAGUUUUUGUACGAACCUUUACCAGUAGAAUCUCAUCUCGACCACUGUCUUCAUGACCACUUCAAUGCAGAGGUUGUUACCAAGACGAUUGAGAACAAGCAGGAUGCUGUGGACUAUUUGACCUGGACCUUUAUCUACAGGCGGAUGACACAGAACCCCAAUUACUACAAUCUCCAAGGUGUAACCCAUCGUCAUCUCUCUGACCACAUGUCUGAGUUGGUAGAGAACAUGUUACAUAACCUAGAGCAGUCCAAGUGUAUCAGCAUUGAGGAGGAAAUGGAUAUAAGCCCAUUGAACCUUGGCAUGAUCGCAGCCUACUACUACAUCAACUACACAACUAUUGAAUUGUUUAGUAUGUCACUUAACAAUAAGACUAAGAUCAGAGGACUGAUAGAGAUCAUCUCAGAAGCUGCUGAGUACGACAGGAUACCCAUCCGGCAUCAUGAAGACUCGGUGCUUCGUCAGUUAGCGCAGAAGGUCAUUAACAAGAUACCCAAUGCCAAGUACAAUAACCCGCAUAUCAAGACCAACCUGCUGCUACAGGCCCAUUUGUCUAGAAUGCAGCUGUCAGCCGAGCUACAGUCAGACACAGAGGAUAUACUAGGAAAAGCCCUUCGUUUGAUCCAAGCUUGUGUGGAUGUACUGAGUAGCAACGGCUGGCUAUCGCCAGCCCUGGCCGCCAUGGAGCUUGCGCAGAUGGUAACUCAAGCAAUGUGGAACAAAGAUUCCUAUCUGAAGCAACUGCCACACUUCAAUGCUGACUUGGUGAAGCGCUGCACUGAACAUAAUAUUGAAAGCAUCUUUGACAUUAUGGAGAUGGAGAAUGAUGAGCGUAAUGAGCUGCUUCGCUUGUCUGACGCCCAGAUGGCCGAUGUGGCCAGAUUCUGUAACCGUUACCCCAACAUAGAACUGACGUAUGAUGUCCAAGAUAAAAACAACUUAGAGAGUGGUUCACCAGUUGUUGUCAUGGUUACACUUGAGCGAGAGGAUGAGAUCACAGGCCCUGUGAUUGCUCCAUUCUUCCCCCAGAAACGUGAAGAAGGCUGGUGGGUUGUGAUCGGAGACACCAAAUCAAACAGUCUUAUCUCCAUCAAACGAUUGACCUUACAACAGAAGGCCAAGGUCAAGCUGGACUUCGUGGCGCCCUCUACUGGAUCACACACAUACACUAUCUAUUUCAUGAGUGACGCUUACAUGGGAUGCGAUCAAGAGUAUAAAUUCACAGUGGAUGUCAGGGAACCAGUUAGUGGCAGUGAUAGCGAUGACAGCUCUGAAGAGGAUUAAGUACAAGAAUUGACGGAUCUUUUGGAUUGAGAUUAAAGUAUUGGAUUCAACAUUUCAAUAAUUGUAAAUUUUUACUGUAAUUAUAAGCAUGAUUUUCAUUUUCAAAGCUAAUAAAGGCCUUGCAUAUCAUGAUUUGCUUUUUAAUCCAAAAUUAAUAUUAAAAUGGCUCAUUGUGAAAUUGAUUUAAUAACACACUUUACUUCAUUUUGUUUAUUCAUUUGUAUUCGCUACAGAAUCAUAAUAACAAGUGCCGGGAACUGAGGAAACAUAAGCCAAUAAGAUGGCCUCGCAACAUACAGUAAACUACUUAUUAAAAAUUAAUCACAAAUAAAACAUACCAUUCUUUAGCACGAACCAUGUAUUAUAGACUCAAUGUGAAUUUGUUUACAGCCAAUCAAUAAUAGAGUUCCUAGGAUGUUUACAUCAAUCAAUCAUUCAUGCAAAACAAACAAUGCAAAAAUGGUGAGCUUGCAGAUUCCCUGAGUUACUUUAUAAAUGUAGACAAGUUUACAAACUACAAAAUAAUUGAAGCAAUGUCUACCAUAAUUACAAGUUAUUUAAAUUUCUUAAAUGCUGUUUUCUAAAAUGCAUUCUCUAAACUUUAUUUUGAAUUUAGUAGAGGCUAACUGAAAUUUCCAAAUAUUAAGUCCAUUAAAAUAUGUUUAUGUGGACUCAUUCAAUAAGAGGUUAUAUGAUGUUGCUUGUGAUCAUGUUUGGUUAUUUGAAAAAUUCUUGAACGUGAAACAUGUGUUAGUCUGGAUUUUAAAGUUGCUUUUAUUAAAAUCAAAUAAUAGAUAUUUUUUUCUAUAAAAAUGUCAGUGUAGGAGCUAAUAUGUUUUGCAAGUUUUACAUACAGUUUAUUUUUGUUGUACUGUAGACUGAUUCUAAUAGAAAGAUUAGUGCAGGCCAAAAACUUGCAAAAACAGCUACAUUCUAUAUAGUUUAAUGAUUGAAGGUUAAACAAAAUAGUAAAUUUGAGACAUAGCUUGGUUCAAAGGGUGAGUGGGGGAUUGCAGUCGAAGUUCAUUUCACAGACAAGGUGCAGCACAUACAAAAAUUGUCUGUAGACUCAACUGUGCAUUCUAUUUAUACUAAUUUAAAAUAAAAAUAUGUAUUAGUGUUACUAGUUUACAUUGUAUUUAAUUUCUCUUUUUUAUCUGCUGUAAUAAGGAUUAUUUGAGAAAACAAAACCAUUAGCAUAAAAAUAUAAAAUACUUGAACAAUUAUACCCUUUUAAAAAUUCAGUAAAUUUGAAUGAAAGAAAUAAGCAGUGGCGUAAUGGCGAGGCCCAGGGGCAAGAAAGUGUUGGCGGCCAUAUGCUUCUUAGUAAUUGAUUAUGAAUGUCACAAAAGUUUCCAAGGGGCCCCUUACAGUACAAUAUCAACAAUACCGUAGCCUGUUAUAGUCCAAUAAUUUGAUUUGUAUUCUCUGUGUAUUCUAAUAGCCCUUCCUUAUUUUAGUACAGUAUUUACAUUUUAGUUUGUAUUGGAGCCUGGCUUUGGAAUUUUUGAGUCGGAAAUUGAUAUUGUAUAAAAGAAGAUUGUCAUGCAAGUCCACGUAGGACAGUCAGGAGGUAUAAUUGGACCUAGUGUCAGUGCUCCGUUAGGAGAGUGCUGUGUAUUAGCAGGAUGGGCCCUUUGGACUGAGGGCCUGGGGCUUCGUUCCCCAAGAGCCCAUAGGCAUUACACCAUUGGAAAUAAGAACUAGUACUUUUUCAGUACCAUUUUCAAUACGAGUGACUAAAUAUAUAAACUAUUGAAUCCAUAUUAAUGUGAAGAAUUCACAGUGUGUAUAUAUGUAGUUGAGCAUAUUGCAAUUAAAUAAAUACAUUUUGAUUUGUA